CCCCAAAUAUCUCUCUCUCUCUCUCUCUGGUAUUGUACUGUACACACUGCUUCAAACUCUGCUCCUCUCAAGAUGAAUCGCUCUCUCUCUAGCUCCCUCUAUUCACGCUCUAAAUCCACUUACCAAAACUUGUUAAAACCUUUCCUCAACUCGACCUCAACACUUAACUCCUCAACGAUUGCAUGGUCCGAUCCGCUGUACAGAAGAAUAUCGCCAUUGGGAGACCGUAGGGUUUCGGUAGUGCCGGUGCUCGAUCAAUGGGUACAAGAAGGAAAUCUUGUCGACAGUAGACAGCUUCGACUCAUCAUCAAAGAGCUCAAAGUCUUCAGUCGCUUCCGACAAGCCCUUGAGAUAUCUCAAUGGAUGAGCGACAAAGGGCCCGUUUCAAUUGCUGAUGCUGCCACCCGCCUGCGUUUGAUCUUCAGGGUUCAUGGCCUAGAACAAGUAGAGAAAUAUUUCAAUAAUCUCCCCCAACAGUUAAAAGGCUUUGAGGUUUAUACUUCCCUUCUCAACUGCUAUGCUGAUGAAAAUUCCAUAGAAAAAGCUGAGUCAAUCAUGCAGAAGUUAGGGGAUAUGGGUUUUGAUAGGACACCCUUUUGUUACAAUAUGCUGUUGAAUCUCUAUUGUCGCAUUGGAAGCAGGGAAAAAGUAGAUUCAUUAAUGCACGAAAUGGAAGAGAAGGGCUGUUGUAAUGAACAUACAUUCACAAUCCUCUCGAGUGCAUAUGCUGCCGCUUCUGAUAGGGAUGGAAUUGAUGGUAUUGUGGAAAAAAUGGAAUCUGAUCCCAAAGUCAUCAUGAAACAUAGAACUUAUGCUAUUGCUGCAGAUGGGUACUUGAAGGUUGGCCAACUGGACAGGGCAUUGGAAAUGCUGAAGAAACUGGAGGGACAUAUAUCAACCGAGAAGAGAAAGAAUAUUUUAUUUCCUAUCCUCCUCACACUUUACACAAAAACUGGAAACAAAGACGAGUUGUACCGGAUAUGGAAUUUGUACAAAGAAAAUGUGAAAAUCUACAACAAAGGAUAUAUAACCAUUCUAAGCUCGCUUUUGAAGUUUAAUGACAUUGAGGGUGCUGAAAAGAUUUUCAAGGAGUGGGAAUCAAGGGGUUUAUUCUAUGAUAUGCGGAUCCCAAACUUUGUUAUUGAUGCUUAUAGCAGAAAUGGACAUAUGGGAAAGGCUGAAGACCUUCUUCACAACGGAAUAAGAAAAGGCGGCAAGCCCUUCUUUACAACGUAUUAUUGUUUAACGGGUGGGUAUAUUUUAGAUAAUCAAGUUCCUAAAGCGGCAGAAGCAUUGAAGAAAGCAAUGGUUACUAGUUCGAAGAUCAGGAAGGAUACACUGGUGACCUGUUUGGAAUAUUUAGAAGGAAAGGGAGAUGUGGAUCGAGCGGAGGAGUUCAUUAGCCUACUGAGGACUGAGGGUCUCUUCUCAGCAGCCGUUCACGAGAAAUUGCUCAACUGUAUCAAGAAUAGGACAUAAUGACAACGAUUUGCGUUCAAAUCAGGGGGAAUUUUGCGAUUGGAGUUGGAGAAAUCAGCAGUACUCAAUGCGGAAGCCAGGGGUGCAACCGAGUCCUAGAAUUCUUUACUGGUUAUGUAUAGUUCGCCAAGACUCGAUCAAUAAGGUCAUUUUCAUCAAGUUUCUUACCAGUGAUGAAGUACCUCGUUUGAUGACCACAGGUCCACAGUAGUUAUUCAUUUACAGCUUAUCUUCUUCUUUUUUUGACAAGAUUCAUUUUUAGCUGGUUGUUGGCAUUCUCAUCUCUCACUGCCAAACUCACCAGUAUUCCCCGUCUUCGUGAACUCUUCUUAUUUAGGUAUCACAGCCGUCGGAAACCCAUGUUUAAAAAAGAGAGAGUAGCAGUUAUGUUACACUCCUACAAAUUUAGUGGCUGUGAUUAGUUGGGUUUUAAGUCACGAGAGUACUGUGAGGAAUAGAUUUUCCUCCAAUAUAUUUCCCGAAGUAGCAGUGUUGUAAGAGCAUCCUCGUCUCACUCUCUAAAUCUCAUGGCAAACUGGUACUGUAUUUUUUGAACGCCGGGGAUUGAUGUGGAUGCUUUAAGAAAGACAGAGAUGCUUUAUUACACUGGAGAAUUUCUGGAAAGGGUUGGUAGCAAACUUGAUUUGACUGUCAUGGUUGUUGGCUCCCUGCGAAUCGAGACCAUGUGGCUUAAAUCAAAUCUGGGAAGGAGCUUUUUAAA